AUGGCUGGUUUUGAAUCAUUUUCCAUAGCAUUAGACGAGAGCACCGAUUUGUCUGACACAGCUCAACUGGCUAUAUUUAUUCGAGGUAUUGAUAAGGAGUUCACUGUUAUUAAGGAAUUGCUAGCUUUACAGCCGCUAAAAGCAACCACUACAGGAGAGGAUAUUUUUAAUGAAGUUCAAAAGUUAUUCACAAGUUUUGGCCUGCCAUGGUCAAAAUUAAUUGAAGUAUGCACUGAUGGUGCACCUUCUAUGGUCGGCUUACGAAAAGGUUUCAUCGGAAUUUUGAAUGAAAAAGCAACAGAAGAUGAUUUGAUAGUCCUUUAUUGCAUUAUCCACCAACAGAACUUGUGUUCUAAGUCCAUUCGACUCCACAAUGUUAUGAAUGUGGUAGUAAAAACCAUCAAUUUUAUUCGAUCCCGAGGGCUUAACCAUCGUCAGUUCAAGACGUUUUUGGAUGAAAUAUCAGCUGAAUAUAACGACGUAACAUAUUUUUGUGAAGUCAGAUCGAUGAGCAAAGGAAAAAUGUUGAAACGGUUUUCCGAGCUUAGGAAUGAGAUAGCAGACUUUAUGAAAAUAAAAGAUAAGCCACUAUCUGAAUUGAGUGACCCAAAAUGGAUAUGUGAUUUAGCUUUUCUGGUCGUCGAUCUUACAGGCUAUUUGAAUGAUUUAAAUUUGAAACUUCAAAAACAAGGACAGUUAGUAAAUGAUUUGUACAGCCAUUUGAAAGCAUUUCAGAUCAAACUACGCUUGUGGGAGUCACAGAUGCAGUCUGGUAACAGUUACCAUUUCAACACGCUCUCUGCGUAUGAAAAUAUUGCUUAUGCUCAAUAUGCUGAAGAACUCAAGUUACUGUCGGAACAAUUUUCGAACAGAUUUAGCGACUUCAAAAACAUGGAAGAAUGUUUCAAUUUAUUUGCUACUCCUACAAAAUGUAAUGUACAAAAUGCUCCAAUACACUUACAAAUGGAGUUAAUCGAGAUUCAAGAAAACUCACUCCUAAAAUCCAAAUUUGAAGACGUAGAGUUGUGCGAUUUCUACAAAAAAAACUAG